GUGUGUCGUUACAUAGCUCCGUUACGAGACAGUCCCCAUCCAGUCCAAGCCAUACAGCCAAGAAUCAUCAGUCAAUCUCAGUCAGCAAGCGGCAUGGCAGACCCUCUGGGCAGACUGUGCUACGUCCCUGCUAAGACAUCCCCACAAAGAAUCAGGGAGCGUGGCAAGUGGGCAAGCAAAAAGGAGUUCAUCCUGUCAGUGGCCGGUGCCAUCAUUGGACUUGGGAAUGUGUGGAGGUUUCCAUAUUUGUGCUACAAGAACGGCGGUGGAGCGUUCCUCAUUCCUUACAUCCUGUUCCUUGGAAGCUGCGGUAUUCCUCUAUUUGUUCUGGAGACAGCUCUGGGCCAGUACACCAGUCAAGGGGGAAUCAUGUGCUGGAGGAAGAUCUGCCCCUUGUUCGAAGGCAUCGGAUACGCCAGUCAGCUGAUCAUUUUCUAUGGAUGUAUCAGCUACAUUGUCAUUUUAGCCUGGGCCUUUCUCUACCUUUUCUCUUCUUUCACUGGAGAUUUGCCAUGGGCAACUUGUGAUAACACAUGGAACACAGACUCUUGCGUGGUAUUGAGCAACUAUACCGCCAACUGGACGUCCAGUAUGAACAUAUCGUCGUCUGUUGUAGAGUUUUGGCGACGACGUGUGCUAAAUAUAUCUUCUGGCAUCGAGACAUUAGGAAACAUCCAGUGGGAGCUUUCUUUGUGUCUCCUUCUUGCUUGGAUCAUCUGCUACUUUUGUGUCUGGAAGGGAGUACGAUCCACCGGGAAGGCUACAUACUUCACAGCGACUUUCCCCUUCGCCAUGUUGGUGGUGUUGUUUGUCAGAGGAAUGACGCUUCCCGGAGCCCUGCAUGGCAUCAAGUACUACCUGUACCCCAAUCCUACACGCCUGGCUGACCCGCAGGUAUGGAUGGAUGCUGGUACCCAAAUAUUCUACUCCUAUGCCUUGUGUUUGGGGUGUCUGACCACGCUUGGGAGCUACAAUAAGUACAACAACAACUGCUACAGGGACUCCUUCUUUCUUUGCUUACUCAACAGUGGGACCAGCUUCCUUGGUGGCUUUGCCAUUUUCUCCGUUUUGGGAUACAUGUCUCAAAAACAGGGUAUGGACAUCACCUCAGUAGCCGAGUCUGGUCCAGGUCUUGUCUUCAUCGUCUACCCCCAAGCUGUGAGCCUCCUGCCGUGGCCUCAGGUCUGGUCUGUGUGCUUCUUCACCAUGAUCAUCUUGUUGGGCAUCGACGGUCAGUUUGCUGGCCUUGAAAGCAUCAUGACCUCCAUAACAGAUAUCUACCCUUCCCACAUCCAAAAAGGAUACCGCAGAGAGUUUAUUUUAAUGGUCAUCUGUGUUUUUUGCUAUCUGUUUGGCCUCUUGUUGGUGUCACAGGCUGGAUCGUACAUUCUGCAGAUUUUUGACCACUAUGUCUGCAGUGGUCCCACUCUUCUUUUGAUGGCAAUCUUCCAGUCAGUGGUUAUUGGAUGGAUUUAUGGUGCUGAGCGCUUCAGUGACAACAUCAAGGACAUGAUUGGCUACAAACCUCUGUCUCUGAUCAAGUACUGCUGGCUCUAUGUCACCCCUGUCAUAUGCGGCGGCACGCUUGUGUUCUUGCUGCUGAAAUACACCCCUCUCAAGUUCAACAACUCCUACGUGUACCCUUGGUGGGCCUAUUGGAUUGGUUGGUUUCUGGCAUUGUCCUCACUCUUCUUGAUUCCUGUCACCAUGAUAUACAAACUGGCCAAAGGAAAGGGCACUAUCUGGCAGCGUAUCAAGACAACCUCCCAAUGUGCGGACGACCUUCCCAUGAUGGCGAAGGAGAUGGAAAGCCUUCGCGUCACACUGCAUGCUCACGAUGACGGCAAAAACAGUAAUAUUCGAUAAAGUAGCAGUCAUCCUUUCAUGCCUUUCUCGUAGAUGAUACUAGCAUUAUGUUAAGGAUGAUAGUGUUACCUGGUAGCCAUUCUAUGCAGUCGACCCACAAGACAAAGAGUUGGGAGAGUGAAAACUUGAUGAUGUAACUUUUGAUACUAUGCGUAGCAAAAAGCCUUUAUCACUUUUUUGACCAUUUGCUUUCUUCCUAAUGCACAUAUCUCAUCUGUAUUUGAUUCCUUUAUCACAGUUUUUGCCCUAAAAUGCCCCACCCAUCUCAGAUUAUGCUAUUUCCUCACAUAGUGGCUACAAGUGUUUAUUUACUCAACUGCAGAGAGCACCUGGUAUCUUAGGGGUAGUUUUUUUAUUUGUACAAACGCAUUUUAAAAAAAUAAUGUAUUAUAUUUGUCAUCCUUUUCCACAAAUAAUGAUACAUAGAUACAAUUAUAUUUUGAAUUAUAAAUAAAAUAUAUAUACCGCAUUGACCCAAAUAUAAGACGACACAUCAGUGAAAUAAUAGAUGGACGAUUGCAGUAAAAAAGGAUACCAUAUUUCACUGAUCAGCAUUAUGUAAACUUAGCAAUGUACAGUAGCUCCUCUGUUGCUAACUUGCUAACAACCUUGGAGACACUUUGUUGCAGCUGGUCUCGGUGCUACUUCUCUCCAGGUUACUGGUGUAGAAGAAAAGAAAGUAUCGCAGAAAUUCAUUUGUCAUGGUUGGGUCUGGAAUCAAUGAACUCUUUCACUGCCAAAGACGUCUUUUCAAAAAGUAACUUUGACUGCCAAAGACGUCUAUUGACGGCGUUUGCUUUUUUUUGCAGGAGCUACAGAUCAAAGUCUGAUUCAUCUUGCGUGUGAAUUUCUGACUUGUAGGCAAUGUAUUUCUGUCCCAGCAGGGGGCAACAGUUCUCUUUUCCUCCAACCGGCAGCAACGUAUUGUCUAUGAAGAAGACAGAUUGUGGGUUGAGAGAGGAAAAUGGCGAAGCACAUGCAGAAAUCGAGCGGAGACCAAGACUACAGGCAGCUAACACUGUCACAGAGCUUGUCUGGCGGUGGAUCGGCCUUCAGUAGUGACGCGAUCGCGAAAGAUAGAGACGACAUGGGUGAUGUAGGUGACGUAGACACAAAUGCAGUUGACAAUGGCAGCCGACGCAACAAGCUAGUUGUUAGCGUCGCUGAGCCGUGUGGCGUGACACCGGAGCCUGACACCGGAAGCAGUUCAGAGUCGGGUGACUCAGAACCCGACCCCGAUUCUUCUGAUGAGUGGCUGCCGUCUGGAUGGGUCAGCAGCAGGGAUUCAUCCCCACAUCCAGCAGACCCCCCCGUCACUCUGCUUGAAUUUUCUUCUCAGCAGAAAAAGCUUGUUUUCUCUGUUUUUCAAUAUCUAAAGACCCAAAAAGGCUAGAAACAAACUUUUUUUUUUGAUGAAAGAAGAGAGUCUAAAGUUUCUUUAGAUAGUUUCAAUGUUUAUGUAGUCCUAAAACUCAAUAUUCUGUGGGUCUUGAAAGUUCCGCAAAAAUGCCCAAAAACUCGGUAUGGCAGUAUGGAGCUCUCUGCUGUGAACAUGGCUGGCAGUCAAUGAGUUCACCGCUAGAAACGAGGGAUUGCUGUACCUUCUAUCUUGUAUUUGGGUCAAUAUGGUAUUAAUUUGGGAUGGAUUAUCUUCUAAUUCUUUUCGUGGUCAGCGUUAAAAUGGUCAGCGUGCUGCACUUUUUGUUUUAACUUCAGCUUUACAGAUGCCAUGUCUGCCCUUGAAGAGGUGUGCCUAAAGCAUCGAACGCCAGACAUGGUGGCAUCAGUCAUCGGAAAGGUGAUAACGUCAUUUUCUGAGGGGAGGUCUGUGCACAACGCACGCCACGAUUAAGUGGGGUUCGGCGUCUAUUGGAGCGCAGGCCACUAUUUGAGGAAAUACUAUCUCUGCAGGCCUGAACGUGCAGCGUGGGGGCGUAGGGUUGUUUUCAUACUGCCUAUAAGGAAAGCUUUUUAGUGUGUAUUUUCCAUACAGAGCCAACACUUUCUGACUUUACAGAGCAGCUCUGUGUCCUGUUUGCUGGAACUAUGGGGGGGCGGGUAUAGCGACACUUGGCUCAGUUCCCUGCACUGUCUGGUCGGUCAAGUCGGCCUCCUGCUGGGUGCCACGGCGCCAGUUUGGACAUUUCCACUUCAUUUCCAUUUGGCACCUUCCUCUCAUGCUGCAUGAACUUUUGCAGGAUGUGAGCCAAGCACCAUUUUUUUUUUUUACUUCUCAGGGAAAUGUGGGGAAGUUUGUUGUGAUUUGUAUCAUUGCGUUCCCUCUGGGAACUCAUUUAUCACAGUCAGGUCUGGAACCCAUUAACCGUGAUAAAUGAGGGACCACUGUAGACCUGCACAAGAUCGGACUAGACGACAAGAACAAGAAGCUUGGUGAGAAAGAAACCACUAUUGGUGCAAUUAGUGAUACAUGGAAGAAAUACAAGACGAAGGUCAGUCGCCUGGAGCGCCAGUCCUGGAGCGCCAUACGAGAUUUCACCUGGUGGGGUAAAGAUGUGUGAGAAAUGUGAAGGACCAGCCCGGAAUUACAAGGAAGGGCGCUGGUUAAUGAUGUCAAGGGAGUUGGGAGCAGUCACCAUGAAAAGCAUUAGGACCACUUUGCUGUUAUGGAUUAACUUAAAAAAUCAGCAGUUGUUGAAAUACUUAUUUUCCCCACAAUAAAUGCAGUCAAGGGCUUUGGAAGCUGUCGCUGGGGAAAACAAUCCAGGCAGAGCUUGAGGCAAAGUGCUCAAUCUUCCCUGUUGAGAACGUGAGCUGCGGACUUUAUGUUUAGUUUCACAAUCAUGCAGGCCAUGAAAGCGCGCCCAACUGUGAGUCAGGGGGUGUUAUUCUAUACGAGUGUUUUUAUAUCGCUUUACAGCUCAGAUGGCACAAGGAACUUCCAUGGAGUCGUGAGACGACGGUUAUUAAGUGAUGUGUCACCAAGCAGAAGGCUUGCCAACCCUUGGGGAAUGUAGACUUUUACACAGGAAGCCUGAAGCGUGAACACCUUUGACUUACUUUUUAAAAAUGAUCACAUUAAAGCUGCGCGACCUUCACAGCCAAGGCUGUUUGUAUGACAGUCGUAGCAGACAUAACAUUCCAAGUGCAAAUAUGCAAGUUGUCUGCUUCCGAUUACUCCUCUUUCCUGAAGAUAGAUAUCACCACACUUAAAGGUAGAUAGGUGGGAAUCCAAUAUUUGAUUUUAUUAAAAAAAAGGAGGCACAGUGGGACGAAUGUUACGUUAUAUACUGUAAUUAUAUGAUAUACUUAUAUACUAUAUCGUAUGUGAUGCACAGUGGUGUGGAAAAGUGUUUUCCCCUUCCUCAUUUCUUUUUUUUUUUUGAAUGUUCGUCACUUUUCAAUUUUUGAGAUCGUCAAACAAAUGUGAUUAUUAGUCAAUGACAGCACAACUGAACACAAAAUGCAGUUUUUAAAUGAAACUUUUUAAUAUUAAGGGAGAAGAAACAAUCCAAAGCUACAUGGCCCGUGUGAAAAAGUGAUUGCCCCCUAAAGCUAAUAACUGGUUGGGCCCCCCCUUCGCAGCAACAACUGCAGUCAAGCGUUUGCGAUAACUAAGAAAUCAGGAAGGGGGCAAACACUUUUUCACACCACUGUACAUUUCACGCCAAAUUAAGCCUACCUUACCUGAGUCUGCCUUAAGCCUGCUACUGGCUGUUUUUUUAAUUAAAUACUAUAUCUAUAAUCCUUUUGGUAAAUGUUUCUUUGCAUUUUGUAUUGAUGGAUUUCUUAUUAUACACAGUUAUAUGUGACUUUAAAUGUUUAUAAUAAAAUCCAUUAUGGGGCAAUAUGGAUCAUUUAUUCAUCAUGCAUUAACCAUGCCAUGAAUCACUAC